AUGACCAAGGCUGUGGAGGGGUUUUUGAAGGAGGAGCGUCAUGUCAGUGAGAUGAUUGAAAGGGGUGUGGUCAUCAGCGAUAUCGAUGAUACUGUUUCGCCAUUGGCGGUUCCCUCUACCCGAAUCACAUGGUCAGCUGUUCCGCCGUUCAUCUCCAGUGAACUGCUGGAAAAUGAACUGCGGAGGUUUGGCAAAUUCACCAGUAGUGGUUUCAAAACCGCCAAUCUUGGCUGUACAGAAGUGAAGCCAGGCACAGUGGUGAAAAUGGUUGGCGCACACUCAAUGAGCCCUAAGACAUGGGACCAAUCCAAACAGCCGGGUAUUGUUGGAAUAGGAGUCAUUUAUCUGGUGCUGCUCUCAACCUGUCUCGGCCAAGACACUGAAGACUGGCAGUAUGAGGAGUGUAAGCUGUCGCGAUCGGGUCCUCCUGCCACCAUUGUUGCCAUAGAUGAAGAGAGCCCCAAUGGAACCUUGUUGGUGGAGAACAUGCAGAUCAACGGCGUGGCAGAGGGUCCAGACCGCACCAUCUCUCUGUCGCUAAGGGACAACAAUGACCACUGGGUGAUUCUGGACCCUACGAAGCAAGCCUUGUACCUCAACAGCACGGGACGAGUCCUCGAUAGAGAUCCUCCAUCGUAUAUCCAGUCCAUUGUGGUCCAGGUGCAGUGUACCAACGAACUGGUAGGCACGGUGAUUUUGCACGAAGUCCGCAUCGUGGUCCGAGACCGCAACGACAAUGCACCACGCUUCCAGCAGCCGAGAUACUAUGUUGCCAUCAAUGAGCUGACGCCGGUAGGAACCACUAUCUUUUCUGGUUUUUGGGGAAACAAUGGGGCGACGGACAUUGAUGACGGACCUAACGGACAGAUCGAGUAUACAAUCCGGUAUAACCCCAAUGACCCAACGGCCAACAGAACAUUCGACAUCCCCUUGACCCUGUCUGGCUCCGUGGUGCUCAGAGAGAGACUCAACUACGAGGACACGACUCGCUACCUGGUUAUCAUACAAGCCAACGAUCGAGCUCCCUACUCAAGUGAUCGGCGCACAGCCACCACCACGUUGACAGUGGAUGUGUUGGAUGGAGACGACUUGGGCCCCAUGUUUCUUCCAUGCACACUAGUGGGAAAUACGCGCGACUGUAGUCCUAUUACAUACAGGGCUAAUAUAUUGGAGCUUACAGAUCCAGUGAAGGUAAACCCGGUCAACGUUACGCCACCCAUCCAGGGUGUGGACCAAGACCAAAACAUACAGCCACCAUCUGACAGGCCAGGAAUUCUGUACUCUAUCCUCAUCGGGAAACCCGACUCCUAUAAAGAGUAUUUCAACUUGAACAGAACCACGGCAGAACUUCUGCUGUUGAAGCCCAUCGAUAGGGAAUUCUACCACAGAUUUGAUCUGGUGAUUAAGGCCGAGCAGGACAAUGGCCACCCCCUCCCAGCCUUUGCUAACCUCCAAAUCGAAGUUCUGGAUGAAAAUAACCAGGCACCUUACUUUCUGGAGGCCAGUUACCAUGGCUAUAUCAGUGAAGCAUCCCCUCUGGGUACCACUAUAGCGUCCAGCAUGAGUCUGUCUGCUCCGCUGGCCCUCACUGCUCUGGAUAAUGAUGUGGAGGAGACAAGAGACCCACAGCUUCAGUUCUCACUGGAUGGCUACUCCACUAUCUUCUCUGUGUCUGCCGCUGGCAUCAGAAGAUACCUCACCCUGCUGCAGCCACUGGACAGGGAAACACGAGACUCGUACACAUUCACGGUCGAAGCAUCCGAUGGGGUGCAGCAGAGUGCCCCGGUUACCGUGACGAUAACAGUGUUGGAUGCUAACGACAACACCCCAUCCUUUGGGAACGUCUCUUACAGCGUCGACCUGUAUACUGAUAUGAUGCCCGGAGAAACUGUGUUACAGUUGUCAGCAGUAGAUGACGAUGCAGGUCCCAAUGGCCAAGUGACCUAUCGGAUUUUGGCAGGUGACCAGGGACACUUCCUCAUUAACAACAACAGCGGCAGCAUCACUGUGGCGGCGGGAGUCGAGCUCAUGGUGGGACGGAGCUAUGCUCUGACUGUGGAGGCCAUGGACAAUGGACCUGAACCCCAUAGAAGGUCCUCCAUUACGACGGUCUACAUCGAGGUACUGCCCCCUAACAACCAGAGCCCUCCCCGUUUCCCCCGGGAACAAUACAGUCUGGAAAUCAGUGAAGCGAUGAGGACUGGGGCUACACUUCUAAAUCUGCAGGCGAUGGAUCGGGAGCGAGACCCUAUCAUCUACAGUAUUGAUAGUGGAGACCCGCUUGAACACUUCACAAUACAACAGCAGACAGGACAUUUGGUUCUGGGGAAGGCACUGGACCGGGAGGCCCUGGACCAUUACACCCUGGUGGUCACAGCUUCAGACGGACAUCCAGACGGGACAUCCACGGCGAAGGUGAACAUCACGGUGAUGGAUGUUAACGACAACGACCCACACUUCGACUCCUCCCUGCCUGUCAACUUCACCGUCACAGAGGAGCAGGGUCAGGCUUUUGUUGGACAGGUCAAGGCUGUGGAUCCAGACCUGGGCUCCAGUGGACAGGUCCACUAUCGGCUCAUCAACCACCAGGACCUGUUCUCCAUCAGCAGCAGCGGCGCCAUCACCACCUCGGUGCCGCUGGACAGAGAGGUGAGAGGCCACUACAACCUUAUUGUUGAGGCAUGGGACGGUGCGGUGGACCCUCGGCGCUCCCGACUAACGCUCUCCGUCACUGUUUUGGACCUGGACGACAACAGCCCUUUGUUUACUAAGCCGGCUUAUGUUGUCAACCUGCCUGAAAACAGCCCCAAGGACACCGUUAUCCUACAGCUAAAGGCGGUAGAUGCCGACCUUGGCUGUAACCUAACCUACCGCAUCAAAACCGACACGUCCAACCAAGAUGCCAGGCGUCUGUUUCACGUCGAUCCGGUAACGGGGAAGCUGUCAGUGUUAAAGGUCCUGGACUUUGAGACCCUGGGUCACCCUGAGCCAAUGUACACGUUCACCGUGGAAGCUUUGGACAUGGAUGGAGCCAUGCCCCCUGGAUUAGCCACCGUCACGGUCAAGAUUGUGGAUAUGAAUGACUUCCCGCCGGUGUUCAGCGAGUCGGUGUACCGUGGCAUGGUCGCCCCCAACGCUGUCAAGGGAACCAUCGUCACCGCCGUGAUGGCCAACGACGCCGACCCCGCAGGUACUCCAGCAGGUCUAGUGCGCUAUCGAGUGGACCAGGAGACCUACCCAUACUGCAGUAUAUUUGAGGUGGAAGAAGAUACGGGUAACGUGGUCACCAGGGUCAACCUCAAUGAAGAGCCCAACCUCAAAUUUAAUCUGGUGGUGGUCGCCUAUGACGAUGGGGAACCAGUGAAGGAGAACCGGACUUUGGUGGAAAUCACAGUCCUGCAGCCCUCUGUCAUUCCUGUCUUUACCCGGGAAGAAUACAGGUACACCGGGACACAGCCCUCUGUAGUGUCUGGGUCUACGGAGUGUCUGGGUCUACGGAGUGUCUGGGUCUACGGAGUGUCUGGGUCUACAGAGUGUCUGGGUCUACAGAAUGUCUGGGUCUACGGAGUGUCUUGGUCUACGGAGUGUCUGGGUCUACGGAGUGUCUGGGUCUACGGAGUGUCUGGGUCUACAGAGUGUCUGGGUCUACAGAAUGUCUGGGUCUACAGAGUGUCUGGGUCUACAGAGUCGGCCUGCCUUCUGCUUGCGCUGGACAAGGACACGGGGAACUACAGCUCCAUGUUGUACCGGCUGGUGAUUCGGCCCCCUGCCGGUAAAGACAGUAAGGACAGCAAAGACGGCUUUGUCAUCGAGCCCUACAGCGGCGUGGUGAAGACGGCCAUCAUGUACCGCAACAUGCGGAGGUCUUACUUCAAGUUCGAGGUGGUCGCCACUGAUAACUACGGCCGAGGGCACAGCAGCAAGGCGGACAUAGUGGUGUCGGUGGUGAACCAGCUGGACAUGCAGGUGGUCGUAUCGAACGUCCCCCCGACUGUCGUGGAGAAAAACAAGGAUCAGCUGCUUGGUAUUCUAGAACACUAUGUCCAGGACCAGAUACCUGGAGCCAAGGUUGUCAUGGAGACCAUUGGUCCUCAUCGCCACGGCGCUGGGCUGGAGCAGGAAGACUAUUCCAAGUCGGAUCUGAUGGUUUACGCUAUCGACCCGCUCACCAACCGAGCGAUAUCUCGACAAGAACUCUACAAAUUCCUCGAUGGUAAACUGCUAGACAUAAACAAGGAGUUUCAGCCCUACCUCCCUCCCGGUGGACGUAUACUGGAGAUCCGAACCCCUGACGUGGUGACCAGCGUGAAGAGGGCUGUGCAGACUGUGGGCUACACCGAGGGGGCGCUGCUGGCCCUGGCAGUUAUCAUCAUCAUCUGCUGCGUUCCCGCCAUACUGAUCGUCAUCAUCACUUACAGACAGUUCAAAGAGCGCCAGGCAGAGUGUGCCAAAACAGCCCGUAUACAGAUGGCUCUACCAACGGCUAAACCCGGAGGAGGUGCUGCCAACAACCUGUAUGAGGAGCUGGGGGACAACGUCAUGCGUGGAUAUGGCCAACAUGAAAAACAACAACUUCUCCGACCGUCUCUACUCAGACCAGAGGAGUUGUCUAUGGAGUCAGGCAUCGACCCUGGUCAGGACUACUACACACAAGAUUACUACAACUAUGACCACGGGUUAUACGGCAGCAGGAAGCGUCGGAUUAAGUUGGUGCUGGACCGGGAAUACGAGACCAGCUCCACCGGCGAGGACAGCGCGCCCGACGUCCAACGCAGCCGCUUGGCCUCCACCCUCAACAGCCACGCUAACGUCAACGGCAGUAUCUACGUGGCGCAGAACGGCUCCAUCAUCCGCACGCGGCGCUCGGCGAGCGGCACCGGCCCGUCGCACGCGCACACCCCCAACAACCUUAAACCCAGCCCCCCUCUGCUCGGCUCGCGGCUGGCCAAGCGCUUCAAGAAGAUGGACAAGAUGGCCGCCACGCUGGAGGAACGAAUGCCGCUGAACAGCCCCAAAACCACGGGCGGAGGCGGAGGCGGCGGCGGAGGCGGCGGCUGCAACAGUUUGCGCAGCUUCCGCGGCGCCACGAUGGCCGCCUCCGCCAGCACGGCGGCGGCGUCCCUCUCCGACGCCGACGCCAGUAAAACUUUAAACAAGUGCAACACUCCGCAUGCCCCCAAAUCCAACCUGCUCAAGGCCCUGCAGAGCAGCGCAGAGCCGCCGCUAAACACGUGGCAGGCGGAGGAGCGCGCGGAGGGGGGGGAAGGGGAAGAGGAGAGAGAGUCGAAGAUGGACGGCAGCGAUGAGGACGACGUCGGGGGGCUUGUCAUGAGAGAGCCUUUGGAGUGUCCCAGUGACCGAAUGCAGUCAGAUGAGGAAGAGCUGUGGAUGGGCCCGUGGAACCGUCUCCACAUACCCAUGACCAAACUCUGA